CCAGGAUCCAUCAUCUGCAGAGUCAGUCCCAUUUCGCGGCUUUUAUCCUCCGUCCCACUAUCUACUUCCUUCUAGAAGCCCCUUCCAUUGUCUCUGACACCCGUUUUUCUCCAGCACCAAUCAGAUGAGUGCCGCGUGUCUGCGACCUCGACGCUGGCCGCUCAGCCGCCCUGCCCAUUGCGUCAUUGCUCCCAUCGCGUCUGGGGCUUCUUCUUCUUCCUCCACGACACAUCCUCGUUUCUCCUCCCAGAUACAACCUACUCGAAUCACUGAGGUACACCGCUCCCAAUACCACCAUUUGUGUCCUGCUCGACUCCAUCGUCAGACCACACUUUCCACCACCACCACAACAAGACCAACCCACUACCACAUCACCCCUCAUCCCCUCACCACCACCACCACCACCACCACCACCACCACCACCACCCGCACCAUGUCAUCCGACGACGCCUACAUGUCCUUCCUAAACAAAGCCAACGCAGACUACUCCGCCGGCCAAUCCCAACCCGCCACCACGACCUCUUCUUCCUCCGCGCGCACCGAAACCGUCCACACGGACGUCCGCGUCCCCGCGUCCCUCACUUCCAUCGACGCCUUCUACGUCUCUGAAACAGAUGAGCCGUUUGAACCUGUGGCGUUGAAGUGGGAUGGUGCGGCGAGGGGAGUGUGGCCGGAUGCGUCUCACCUCUCGAAUCUCAUCUCCCCGGAUCAAGACCUCACGGCGGAUAUCGAGACCUUGUCGCCGUCGAUGUUUGAUCCUCGGAAUCAGUAUGGUGGUGUGUUGCGGGCUGUGAGGGCCGCGGUGGGGGAUGAACAGGCGGCGGAUGUGAAGGUUUAUCGGGUUGAGGUGGGGAGGUCGAGGGUUGAGUAUUUUGUUUUGGCGCUGGAUGGGAAGCAGGGGUUGGUUGUUGGGGUGAGGGCUAAGGCCAUUGAGUCUUAGGUUUUUGUUCUUUUGUUGUUUCAUUGGGUGUGAUGGGUUGGGAGUGGGUUAUGAGUUAUGAUUUGGGUUGAGGUGUAGGUUAGGGGGUAUUUGGUGAUGGGUUUGUAUGUGAACUUGUUGAUGAUGGAGCAUGGUAUGCUUGUGUUUUCUGCAAUUCUCAUUGAUAGGGUUUUUGUCAGUGCCGUUCGGUGUAGUGUAUGAUGCUGUAUGGACUCCGGACACUGCUAGCACAGCUGUUCUGGUAAGCACUGUUCUUGU